GACGAGCACGUUGGUCACAAACUUUAACAAGCAAGCAGGUUGCAGAGGAGGCGUUAUGUCAGCGGUGUGGAGGUAUUUUCUGGUGAACGAAGGUGACAGUAGUAAGGCCGACUGCAAAUUAUGUUCAGCGAACUUGUCCAGAGGAGGAAAAAACCCUAGCAGCUUUAACACAAGUAACUUGAUAAAACAUCUAAAAAACCAACACGACAGCGAGUUCAAGCAGUUUUCUCAAGGGAGCGGGAAACAACAACAACCAACUUUGCAGCAAACUCUGCUGAAGCGGGAGAAAAUGUCCAGAGACAACCCUCGCGCUAUGAAAAUCACAGAGGCUCUUGCUCAVUACAUUGCUCUUGAUGACCAGCCAUUAUCCGUUGUUGACAAUGUGGGAUUUCGACGUCUUCUUGGUGUGUUGGAGCCGAGUUAUGAGAUUCCUAGCCGCCGCCACAUUACAGAAACAACGUUACCUAAACUACACGAUUUUGUGAAGWGACACAUUCAGAACCUUCUGCAAGACGUUUCGGGCCUUAGUUUGACGACUGAUAUUUGGACAAGCAGCAUUAGCCCGGUGUCUCUUAUUAGUUUAACCGCACAGUGGAUUGAUGAGGAUUUUACACCACGGAGGGUCAUCUUGCACGCAAAACCAUUUCGGGGUUCGCACACGAGCCAGGCCAUCGCAGAUGUGUUUCAUGACAUGCUCCAGGAGUGGGGGGUGAGCAAAAUCUCUGUUCAUGUUGUGCUUCGUGAUAACGCUAAGAACAUGAUAAAAGCCAUGACUGAUGCUGGACUCCCGAGCUUGCCGUGUGUUGCACACACCCUCCAGCUGGUGGUUAACGAGGGACUUUUGGCCCAGAGAAGCGUGUCUGAUGCAGUGGCUGUCGGUCGAAAAAUCGUUGGACAUUUUAAACACUCCACAUUAGCCUACUCCCGGCUUGAAGAUAUUCAGGUACAACUCAACCAACCACUUAAAAGACUCCAGCAGGACGUGCAGACUCGCUGGAAUAGUACCUUCUACAUGUUACAGUCUCUCAUUGAGCAGAAGAGGGUUCUUGGAAUAUAUGGAUC